UGGGAAUGGAGGAUGCAAAGGAUGAAAAUACAUUCAAGAGGUUUUCGGAAAGACUUACCCUUGGGAUAACCCGGAUUUUAGAAAGUCUUCCAGGUGUAUCAGAUGUGCAGUUUGUUGAGAGAGAACCUGCAGAGAAGCGAUGCCUCUUGUCAUGGGAGCAGAAAAACAACUGCAUUUUGCCAGAAGACCUGAGAGACUUCUACCUCACCACAGAUGGCUUCAGUCUUACCUGGAGCUCCAAGCUGGAAAAUGAGCCAGUCCCUAUUGGCUGCAUGGUAAUCAACAGUUUAGCGAAACUUCGUCUGCUGGUGCAGUCCAACAUUUACUCCCUCCCUAGUGCACCCACGUUAGCUGACCUUGACUUCAAGGAUGAAUUAGGAGGAUCAGAGAAACGAGAAGAGCCUUACUUUGACUCGCGGAGCCGACUCUUUGAGCUUGACCCCUGCAGUGGAAACGGCAGGGUCUGUCUUGUUUACAAAGACUGCACUCCAGACACCGUGACUGAACAGAGCGAAAUAUGGUUCCUGGACCGGUCUCUAUACUGGCACUUUCUUACUUCCUCCUUCACUGCAUACUACAGGCUCAUGAUAACACAUCUAGGGCUGCCAGAGUGGCAGUAUGCCUUUACCCCAUAUGGGCCCAGUCCACAAGCCAAGCAAUGGGCAUCUCUUUAUCAGCCCGUUACGUUCCGUGGUAGCUCCCAUCUCGACACACUUGGUGAAACGUUCCUGAACAAGCUGGAUCCAGACAAGGCUUUCCGUGGCAAAACCAAACCCCCUGCUCCCAAGAAGAAGCAGCCUAGCCAGACUCCAUCAGGUGGAGGUCCUGCAAAAGGUCGAGGUUCAAGGGCAGGCAAAGCAUGAAGAGGCAAUCCCAUGGCCACUGGGGAUAGAAUGUUUUAUUUGGACAGCCAAGUUCAGGUUUAUGCAAAGCGAGAAGCAUCAGGUUCUGUCAGUGUAAUGAAUGAUGAUUAGCCCAAUACACUACAAGUGGUCUUCCUUUAUGUAGACUAAACUGAGUAAACUUUUGACGAGUGUAUACUACAGAACUGUUGAAUUCUCAAUUCUGAUUGGGCAGAAGGUGUACAGCAGCUCUGGCAGUAGUUAUUGUUGUAAUUUAAAUCAAAGGUUUAUAAUGUGCCCCUUCUAUGUACAUUAUUGUUUAUAUAAUUACUACUCUUUCACAAGGACUUGUAUGGUGGAUGUACCAAGUAACCAAAGCGUGCUAAUCAGUGGAUGUGCUUUAUAAGAAAGAACGCAUAAAUGUUAAGAUGAUGUUUGUCAUUGCUUUAUAACAGUUUUCUGACAAGUCUUCAAGACGGAAGGCUUGGGGGGGGGGGUUACAGUUUCUCUGUAAUAUCAGGGUUCUCCAGAAAAUCUGAAGUAGCCAGCUUAAAAAAAAAUAGUAGUAAGGGGCUUUAGAAUUUGCGGCAGCAAAGCCGAAAAUUUUGAAAUUUACAUGCCUUCUGGUGGCGUCUAGCACAUUCUCAGCUAAUAAAUUAGCAACCAUUUCCUUGUAAAGUGCUUGCAAAACAUGUAUGUACUUUCCCUCUAGUUGUACAUAUGCUUGGCUUUCUCAGUUAUCUUCUGUAGUACACUGCCUGGCUCUGUAACAUAACUACAUAGUGUAACAUUACAUACGCUACGGCGUGGUCACGUGGUCCGGCUCAGCCAAUCGGAGCGUGAGAAUCGAUUAACAAAUAUGGCAUCGCUUCUGGUCAUGCUAGACUCGAAUCAAAGAUAAUGUUGUGGUGGAAUAAUUGGAUUUGCAGCAAAUUAUGGGCAGCAAAGAUGAUCUAAAUUGCUCAAACAUUGAAAGGCAAGGUUUUUUUUUUCUGGGAUCGAGUAGCUGGUACAGACCGUCUGUAUAGGUGGAGAAAACCGCCAGUCGCCGGCGCUUGUGGACAUCUCUGAACAUCAAUUUAACAUCAGUGACAAACAACAUUUAAUGUGCUAAAUAUAUUUCAAAAAUAAUCUGAAAUGAUUAAAAAUUAAAAAAAAUAAAUAUU